GAUUGAAAUGUCCAGUAUUUGCGAAGAUUUUGUCGGCUUCUGCUUUUCGCACAGCUUGCCGAAAAGGAAAAAUUAUAUCUGAUAUGCUGUGAAAGCAACUGAUCAUAAAAUGAAUAACAAAUUGCUUCUAGUCUUCCUAGCCUGCGUUCUCCUGGAAUUCUCUUGCGUGGAAUGCGUCGUGGGUGGUCACACAGCGAUACCAAAUGCUGCACCCUACAUGGUUUCAAUUCAGAACCCGACACAUAUCUGCGGUGGUGUUCUGGUUGGAAGCAAUUGGGUUUUAACGACUGCAUCAUGCGUUCAGGGAGAAUCUAAUCUCAAGGUUAUGGUGGGUUCCCACCGGUUGCUGUCUAAUGCCGAACGCGUUGGGGUGUCCUCGACGAUUCUGCACUCUCAGUAUAAUCCUACAUCUGGCAUCAACAACGUCGCACUUCUGAAACUUGUUAAGUCUGUAGUAUCUUCUCAAGUUAGCACCAUUUCACUGAAUGAUGCUGCAGUUACAUCGGGCAUUCCAACGGUGUUCUACGGUUGGGGUUCACCCGUGUACGGCAUUGCUGCUAAAUCCAACGAGCUACAGACACUCUAUCAAAAAACGUUAAGUGCCUCCGAUUGUACGAAAAAGUAUCAGAAUAUUGGUGGUUUGGCAACCGGAUACAUCUGUGCUCAUAUCCAACCAGGACAAGCUGCGUGUUCGAAAGACCAAGGUGGUCCAUUAGUAAGUUACAGUAGCGGAAAGCUACUCGGAAUUUAUGACCAUGGAAUACUGUGCAGUGGUGCCUAUCCAGAUGUCUUCGUCAGUGUGUUCACAUUCAAAAGCUGGAUUGAGACGACAAUGGCGAACUCAUAAGAAAUUUAUAUGUGAUCGGAAUUACUCAUAAUUUACUGCUUACAAUUAAAUUAUAUUCUAAAUAGAUAUAAAAAAUUCGAAUAAAUUGUGAGAUGAUCGUGGAAAUCCCUUAA